AAACAAUUAUAAAUGUGUAACACUUUACCACUGUACAGUCUAGAGUUACCAUACUUUGGAAAAACUAUUAAUAUAUAGCAAUCCCCUUUUAAAAACUCUUCAGUCCGUUGGUAAACAUGUUGCAAAUCUGCUUCAUUGACCAAGCUGGCUAAUGAAUAACUCAAAGAGGACUGACUGCUUCUUCAUCAGUAUCUUAACAUUUAUUAGGGACUAAAUAAAGCUGAUGAGGAACAAUGGCAUUUUUCUUUGCAUAAAGCUUCUCAUUUUAUAUGCAGUGCUCUCUUGCAUACAUAAAUACAUGUAUUCGUGUGUAUUGACUGAUGUAAAAUGUCACAUAUAUACUGUAUAUUGCAUUGCAAACAUUCAGCAGCAGCGCCAUUAUAAAAUACAGUUGCUGGUGGUAGGUAGUAAACCUAUUUUUCUCAAAUAUCGUCUUUUUAUUUCCGCCGACCUAAAUAAUUUUGCCCAAGCCAGUCUGACCUUGAUCUGUGUUAUUUUAAAUAAAGUUAUGCGCCUAUGGUCUCUGACUCCGUGUGUUUUGUUCAUCUUGGCGCGUUUAAAUAAAGUUAUCCAAGAAGUAGGCUGGUUGCUAAGGAGGGGCAGAGAGCUGCUGCUGAUAUAGAGGCUUUCCUCGCAGCGGUUUGUGGUCGCUGAAAACUCCGUUAAUUAACGACCACAUGGACACUGAUCAACAAAAUAAGAUGUAUAAAACCAAAGAUCAUGGAGUGAACCAAAGUAAUGCUAAUCAAGAGGAUUUUUUAUUCUGUGAAGACUGCCAGGAAUAUUUUAUUGAUACCUGUCCUGUACACGGCCCUCCAGUUUUUCUUCACGAUACUCCAGUUGAAAUGGGAACACCCUGCAGGGCUUUUUAUACAAUUCCAUAUGGACUUGCUGUUGGACCAUCACGGAAUCAAGAGGAUGGGCUUGGGGUCUGGUGUACAGUAAUGACCAUCCCAGCUGGAGUUUUAUUUGGUCCCUUUGAAGGUGAGCCCAAUGUGGGUGAAGAAUCCCCUACAAAACUCUUUGCACAGAUGAUUAAACACCGGUCCAUGGGCUGUUUGAGUUCAAUUGCAGAAUCAAAUUUAAACUGGAUGAGGUUUGUAAAUCAUGCAAAAACACGGGAAGGGAAAAAUCUGGUCCUGUGUCGGUACCGUGGUAGAAUCUAUUACCGUGCAUGCAGGCCAAUUGAACCUGCACACGAACUGCUAAUCUGGCAUGAAGAGGGCCAUGUCCUCCCGUCAAAGACGCAUCGGCUACUGAAACAAAUGAAUGUAGUAGAUUCAUCUUCCCAGACUGGAACAGAUGCCUUCUCUGCAAAAGUGAAAAGGGAAAAUAAGCUCACACUUGAAAAUGCAGAGGAAACUGAUAAGACUCUGAAAAAGUGGAAUUCUAUUGAAAGAAGAAAACCCCAGAUAAAAGGAGGGAUGGCAUUGGGGCCCAAUGAAAAGAUUCAAGCGGAAUUAUCAAAGAGCAGCAAUUACAAGAUUUUGGCCCAAAUGAAAGGUUUUUUUGUAAAAGAAACCAAUAGUAUCAAGGUCAAAAAAGCAAGUGAAAACCCUGUCCAGUACAACUGUGGAUCAGUCAUAAACACCACAACAAACUAUAAGCUUAAAAACAAUCUGGAUACAGCUGAACAGGACGGGGCAGCUGUUCAAGGACUUUUGAAAGUGUGCCAUAAGGAGAAGAACCGGUUAUCGUGUGAAUAUUGUGGGAAGCUUUUUACACUUAAGGCACGUUUGACUAUGCACAUUCGCACACACACAGGGGAGAAACCGUUUGAAUGCGAUAUCUGUGGCAAGGGCUUUGCCCAAAAAACGAACCUCACAGAGCACAGACGCAUUCACACAGAGGAGCGGCCUUAUGUAUGCAGUGUGUGCAGCAAACGGUUCAACCGCAGUACGCAUCUCAAGAUUCAUUUCCGCUGUCACACGGGAGAGAGACCCUACACCUGCCCUAAAUGUAAUAAAGGAUUUAUGGACUCUUCUACACUACGGAAACAUGUAAUGUAUCAUUUAGGAAAGAACAAAACAAAACUUGUACCUGUGGACCCCGAGCCAUAUGAAACUACGCAGAAUUAUAAUAUUGAAGAUUAUAAAGCUUGCACCAAAUCGUAUUUUCCAAAGACACACGUGAAUGCAGAUUCACAGCGACACUUUGGCAGUGAAGACAGUAUGUACACAAAUGAAGACGAAAAGCAAGAAGCGUUCUCUAAAGCCCAGAUUGUCGAGAGAAGGUCUGAUGGAAGGGAGGAAGAGGAGAAUGAUAAAGAUUCCAGCAGUUUAUCACGUAAGGAAACCCCAGAAGCUGAAUGUGCCAACAGUGAAAGUGUAGAACAAAAUUCAGAAGACCCGUGGUCUGAGGAAUACGCAUUAAUAUCAGAAAGUGGAACGUACGUAGAUAAAGAAUGAGUGUUUGUAAAAUACAAAACUGGUAGAAUGUAUUGGGAGUGCUUGGAGGUUAAUUGCAAAGUUUCCUUUCUAACAUGAUUUACCAGAGGUGGCCAAACCGCGGCUCUUGGGCAGUUCAAGUGCGGCUCCCGGUGAAAUGCUGGAUGACGCACACUUUGCAGCUUGAAUUAACCGAUGAAAAAAUAGGGGAGACCGGGGCUAGUUAUGACGCCAAGUGAAAGCCAGAUGUGCAGUCGAAAGUAAAUUUCAUAAUUUAAAAUUAAGAACUCGUUCAUUUCGUGGCGACAAUGGCAACGAGUAAUAAACAAACGUAUGAGACUUUAAACCAGACUGGGAGGAAGAGUAUGCUUUCACUGAAAACAGUGGUAAACCUGUGUCUCAUCUGUAACAAAUCACUUACACACUGUAGUCUGUACAAGGCGAGCAACCUCAAAUGUCAUUAUUAAACAAAUCACAACACAUUUUCAUCUGAAUAUCCUCCUGGGUCAGACUUAAGGCUCCUUUCGCCGUUCAGUAAAGAAGCUGAUUCAACGACUCAAGCGAGUUUUGUAUGGCAAGCAUGGAAUAUCGCUCGUGCCAAACGUCCUUAUUCAGAUGAAUUCAUCUUUUUAUAAAAUUGGAGUGUUGGCACAAGACUAGAGAAUGCAUGUUUAAAUCUUAUAUUGCAGGUCUAAAAUUAUUAUAUUUACAUAUCUUACAUCUCGUCAUGAGCAGGUACUGUAAUCCCUUUCAAAAUAAAAAGUGCAUUUGUCAUCUACAAAGCACUCAAAUGUAUUUAAUACAUGCAGCACUCAAAACCCAGGAAGAGCUUGUCAAAAAGAAUCCUUACAAAAAUGUGUCUAUGUGGUGUUUUUGGUGAAAUCAGGUCAGUUAUUGUAUUUUGCUUCAUAAUAACUGAAUAAUAGUGUGUAAUACAUACAGUAUAAACAGAAAUAAUGGAAAAAACACUAGUGUGUUACAUUUAAAUUUUAAUACACUGCAGAUCUAUAAUACAAUAGAAGUUACACCCAACCUGUAGGCUCUGCAGUGUUCUAUCCCUUGUUCUUGUGUAUUUUACUGCCAUCAGGAGGUAGCCUAACAACUCUGUACUGCACAACAAUGCUAGUAUUUAAAAUGUCUUGCUUGCAAACAUUCCAUGUUUUACAGUAUGUGUCUUGUGGCUAUCAACCAUAUGGAAAUUUUGGUAUGUGGCUCGUAUGGUCAGUAAGUUUGGCCACCCCUGUGAUAUACAAUACUGUAUAUACUGUAUUUUCUUUCUACUUUGUUUGUAGUUUAACAUGUCUUUUUCAAAGACAAAGCUAUACACCCUGCUGCAUAUUUUUUAUUUUCCUAAAUGUUGACCUUCUCAGUAUUCAAAGCCAUGUUUUUGUGGUGUGAAUAAAAACAUGCAGUAUUCAUCAUGCCAUGAUUAAGAAUGUCUUUCCAGUGCUAAUAAGGGAUCUGCAAUUUGCCUUUAAUGAAAUGCAGGUCUGUUUGUAUCAAAGGUUGUAUUUGUAAUACUGCAGUUGCCUACAAAAGGAGAAGAGGAAAAUUAAGUGAACCGCUUUUGUGAUUUAAACAGUUUGUAACUUAAAAGUGCAAAAAGCCUAGUGGUACAACCAGCAAGUGUUUUAAAUGCUAUUGUCAUCAAAGCAAAUAGUAAUGCUAAAAUUUGCAGUUUUAAUUUAAAAUCAAGGAAUAUAAAUACCUUAUAGGAAAUUGUUUCCUUACUCAUAUGAAUGUCCGAAUUUUGAUUGAGAAUAAAAAAAUCUAUGGAACGUAAUCUUGAGUUUGUUUGUUUGUAUUUUUUACUUGAUGUAAGUAACAAUGAUACAAAAAGGCAGGACAAAUUAGCAGCAGUGUUUCCCGUUUGCUAGUUUCCAUGAGUUGGUGAAAAAAGCUGAUACUGUGUUUUCAAAAUCUGACA